AUGGAUGGAUAUUGCGCUGUACUAUCGGGCCAAUUUGACGUGGGUUGUGGCCCCGUGGAGGUGGCACAAAUUUUAGUACAGGCACAAGGUCUGCCAUUGGUGUUGCACUAUGGUUAUGUGGUGCCCGCCGGUAGUUCGGUGGAGGGCAUUGCUCAGCAGUAUAACACAUCCCGGGACACACUAUUGAGGCUCAACAAUUUGACCAGUCCCAAUGAUCUCAAGGCUGAUGCUAUUCUUGAUGUUCCACUUAGAGCUUGUUCGUCAGAGGUAAGAAAUACUUCUCAGGACUAUCCUCUACUUGUCCCCAAUGGCACAUAUGUCUUCACUGCCAAUAAUUGCGUAAGGUGCAAUUGUGAAGCUGCAAACAAUUGGAUAUUACAAUGUGAAUCGUCAUCCCUGAUUAAUUCAUCAUGUCGUCCUGUCCAAUGUGAAGGUCAAGAAAAUUUUUAUCUUGGAAACACCUCAUUCUCAGGUUGUAAUCGCAGGACAUGUGCAUAUGCUGGUUACAACCUCCAAAACAUUCUCACAACCCUUGACUUGCAGUCUACUUGCCCAGCUUCGUCAUCCAUCGGCUUGCAAGGUUCAAGGUGGAACUUCCUACUCAUAUCCAUCCACGUCAUGUUGAUAUGCCUUCCUUUUCUUAAACGAGUUGCUAUUUUCUUAAUGUAAGAGGACAGUAGAUGAUUGUGAUUUGUAUUUAGGCUAUUCCCGUUCUUGAACAAGACAGUCACAGAUAUGGAAACUUCAAUUUUUCUCUGGGAGCUGAUUUGUCUGUGACAACUAUGCCUCUUUUCAGCUUCAUUUUUGUCUUCUGUAUUGGGAUUUGUGGAUAUGUUCUUUCAUCAAGAAACACAUUGUUUGGCCAGUCUUAGGGCCUCUUCAAUAUUAAAAAUCUAUUGCACUUGCGCCGCUGCACUG